CGUUUGUACGGAAAUAGCUAUAAUGAAGGUGUUUGGUUGUUAUUUAAAUUUUGUCUCAAUUGUUUUACUUCACCUAGGAAUAUUAUCGUCCAUGAAGUUUGAUUCAUGUUUAGGAGUUCAACAUUUUUCCGAUGAUGAUCUGCAAAAGUUGAGGGAUCGGGUUACGAAGAUGUUCUACCAUGCCUAUGAUAGCUAUUUAAAAUAUGCCGAGCCAUAUGAUGAACUACGACCUCUGAGUUGUGAUGGCGUUGACACAUGGGGAAGUUUUUCCCUUUCUCUUAUUGAUUCUCUGGAUACUCUAGCUGUGAUGGGAAACUUUAGUGAAUUUCAAAGAGUGGCACAACUAAUAGUGAAAGAAAUAGAUUUCAAUAGCAACAUUAAUGUUUCAGUAUUUGAAACUAAUAUUAGAGUGGUAGGAGGACUUCUUUCUGCACACCUGUUAUCUAGAAGAGCUGGAGUAGAAUUAGAACCUGGAUGGCCAUGUUCGGGACCACUGCUGAGAUUGGCAGAAAAUGUAGCUCGUAGACUGCUACCCGCCUUUCAGACCAAGACAGGAAUGCCAUACGGUACUGUUAACUUAAAAUACGGAGUGCCAGCUGGUGAAACUCCAGUGACGUGUACAGCAGGAGUCUCUACUUUCAUUGUAGAAUUUGGUGCCCUUAGCCGUCUUACUGGAGAUCCAAUAUUUGAAGACACGGCUCUUGCUGCCCUCAGAGCUUUGUGGAACUUGAAAUCUCCACUAGGUUUGGUAGGAAAUCACAUCAACUCUCAGGAUGGCAAGUGGACUGCUGUUGAUUCUGGAAUUGGUGCCGGGGUUGAUUCAUACUUUGAAUACCUUGUUAAAGGUGCCAUCUUACUUCAGCUUCCUGAAUUAAUGGAGAUGUUUAAUGCUUACAGGCAACCCAUUGAAAAAUAUAUGAAACGCGAUGACUGGUAUUUAUGGGUCAGCAUGAACAGUGGACAAGUGACCAUGCCGGUCUUUCAGUCGUUGGAAGCAUACUGGCCAGGGAUAUUGAGUCUUGUUGGAGACAUUGAACAGGGGCAGAAGUCACUGUAUAAUUAUCACCAAGUGUGGCGCCAAUAUGGAUUUAUUCCAGAGUUUUAUGAUAUUCCUCAUAGUCAUGUCACAAAGAAAAGAGAAGGAUAUCCUCUAAGACCGGAAUUCAUAGAGAGUGCAAUGUAUCUAUAUCAAGCUACGAGAGACCCUCUUCUACUGCAGCUUGGUGUUGACGUUCUGGAAUCUAUCGAACACAGCUCCCGAACCAGCUGUGGCUAUGCUACGAUAAAGAAUGUACUUGACCACAAGAUUGAAGACCGGAUGGAAUCAUUUUUCUUAGCUGAAACUACCAAAUAUCUUUAUUUACUCUUUGACCCUGAUAAUUUUCUUCAUAGAAACGGAGAUCACGGAGAGGUUGUUCGUACGAUAGGAGGCGAUUGUGUUGUUGAAAGUGGUAGUUACAUUUUCAACACUGAAGCACACCCUAUUGACAUAGCAGCUGUUUACUGUUGUAGUGCUGAAAGGAAACGACAAGAGGAUGAGCUACAAGAUUUACAUGAUUCACUUAAUUUAUUUCAAGUUCUAAAAAUUUCUUCUAAAACGCCACAGGCUUUUCUUUAUGAAAAGUGGCAUAACCAGAAAUCUCCAUUUCAAUUAAUUGAAAAGGCUUAUUAUAACUUACCUAUUCAUAAAGAAAUGUUUACCGUUUGGCAGUCUGAAACAGAUAACACUGAAAAGAAUGUUUCUUUCAUGAAAAGUAAAAAGCAUCCAGAAGUGGAAGUAAGACAACCAGUGAAACUGUCAAUCCCAGACUCCAAAGAUGUAGUUGGAGAAAAUAACAUAAAACCAUCCACAAAGAUGGCAACCGAGGAGUCUCAGAAACGAGCUACAGAAAACAUUCCAACACAGUUGAAAAAAAUAUCGUUUACAACAACAGAAGAUGAACACUCACACCAAUUAGAUAAAGAAAGUAUACCAAUAACUACCGAAGAAAUAUCAUCCAUAAAGUUUGAAAAUGGAAACUUAAAGGUAUUAGUUACAGAAAGUAUACCAAUAACUACCGAAGAAAUGCCAUCCAUAAAGCUGGAAAUGGAGGACUCAAAAAGAGUAAUUACAGAAAGUAUACCAACAGAUACUGAAGAAAUACCAACCGUUAAGAUGACAAAUGAGGACUUGCAGGAAUCAGUUCAAGAAAGUAUCUUAACAAAACAGGAAAUAACACCGUCUGUAAAGAUAGCAAAUAUGGAUUCGAAGGAAUCGGCCACUAAAAGUAUCCCCUUGGAAAUGGAAGUAAGCACAGCUUUGAAGUUGGAAAGUAAGAAUUCACAAGAAUUUAGUGAAGCAAGUAUUCCAAUAGUGUCUUUGUCAUAUGAUGAUAAGUUGAACAGAGGAAAGUCUAACGACUUCCAUAGUUCAGCAGGCGAUCCAACGUUAACUAAGGUUACAAUAAAACCAAGUAACGAAUAUGAAAAAGACGUGGGUUCUAGUCAAACACAAACUGAUAGUCAACAAAAUGAAGCUAAUAUUUCAAUAGAUAAACUCAAAAUCUUACAAUAUUUAUCUUUGUUUGUCAAAGAUGAAAAGAAAAGUUUAGAUUUACUCCAGCAAAAAAACGUUAUUCCAGAUUUAAAAAGCAUUCCAUUUUCCUCGCAUACUGGACAAGAGAAUAUAAAAAACGAUAGCAGUGUGAACAUCUUAAAUGUUACUUCAUUUGAUAUGCUAACGUGUCCCGCUCAGCCUUUUACAUUUCGUUUCUCUCUAUUGGGUGAAUUAUUUAAUACUGACUAGUUGUAACUUUAUAAAAUAGAAAAGUAACAUUCCAUAAACAUACAAGCAUUGUUGAAGUAUUCUCAUGAAAUACACCUGUUAAUUUUUUGUUUUUUCAAGUGUACAUCAAAGGUAUUGUUCUCCUUAUAAACCAAUGUAUAUAGUAUUAUGAAUUUAUUUAAUAUAGUUGCUUUAAUCAAUUCCAGGAUUAUCCACGUUUAUCAAGUUUUUAUUUCUGCCAAACAUAAAAUCAGAAAUCUUUAUGCAUUAUUAAUAGAUUAAACACACACUCGGUAUUUCACUUCAGGAUGAAGAAACGAAUAGUGAUGCGAGAAAAGAAAACUGAUUUGUUCCAUUUUUUUUUUAAGCUUUUCAUAAAGUGACUUGUUUGAGCAUGCUUCUUAUCAUAGAUAAUAAAAGUUUACAGAUUUACAUGUAUUUGUUGAUUAUAUGAAAAAUUUAAAAAUGAUUUUUUUUUCUCGAGAGAUAAUUAAAAACACUAAAAUCUUGAUAUUACUUGUUAAUGUGAAACUGUUUGAUAGUAUGUUUUAAAAAAAACUUUAUCAUUGUGACACUUAUCAAAAAUGUAUAGGUAACUUUGGACAAUACUGACAUGAGUGAGAAUACAAUGUAAUGUUUAUAAAUACUGUGUACAAUUGUUGGUACAUAUAACUUAAUUUUAAUACUCAUAUUUUUCUCUAUAAAUAAUACUACAAUAGCAAGAAUAUAAUAGUAUUCGGUAUUGAUUGUACAUAUAGUUUGGUAAGUAUAAGCGGUCAUGUAUAUGUGUGGGGAUUUGCUUGUUAUCUGAAUUGAGUAACGGCAAUGGGAAAACUGAGAGUUCCUUUUGUUUCCGUGUAACAUCGGAAGAUUUUGUAUCUCUUCGUUGCGAUUUUAAUCUCUAAUCUGUAAAAAAAGAACACUUUUCAGAAUUUCUAAAAUAACAAAGUAGAAAGUCCAUGACGUUUAUUUAAUGCUGACUCUUUCUGGUCAACCACUCUCUGUUGUGUUGUUUUUAACCACUCAUUUCUAAUAUUGGAUGUAACUUGUAUAAAUGUUUAAUUUAGGCUUACCAGAAUGGGUUGUUGGUUAUGAAUGUUACCAAAAGUAUAAAAUAAAUUUUUUCUUAUCAGAUUGAAAAUAAUAUUACACGUAAGUAAUCAACUGGAAUCAACUUAAAUGAUGCACAUAGUAAAAGAAACAAAAACUAGCUGGCUUUUCUCAAAUAAAGUGUAUUUCUUCUACAAAGAUGGUCUGUAGCUUUCACAGAUAUUAUUGAAGGUCUUACAUUACAAGCUUUGGUCAAGUUCCUUUUAAAAAUAUUAGUUUAACCCUUUUCAGAGAAAGACACCACCUUCUCAUUUGGUUUGUUUUAUUUAGUAUUUAUUUAUUUUUUUACAUAUUAUGUAUAUUAUAUCAGAAAGUUUUUGUAUACUUUAGGUGCAAACCAUAAUCGAUAAUCCAUUUUAGUAACUUAAAAAUUCACUCUUGUAUAAUUAUUUUUAAAAUCUAAAACUGUAGUGCAGUUUUACGUGUUUUAAGCAUGUGUGAAUUUAUUUUGGAAUGUCUAAAAAAUGGAGCUUGAUUUCUAUGUUGGCUCUAGAGAGUAGGGAAAGAUUUUCAGGUUUUAUUAUUUAAAUUAAUUAUUUAAUCAAACUGCAAUGAAUCACAUUUUUUAUGACGCAACUUUAAUACUGAGUUUCAACAGACUUCAAGUAGAAAAAGCCCAAUAAAGUAGUUUCCAGCUCAUGUAGUUUUUCUUCAUCUUUGUACAUUGUAAAUUCACCAUUACAAAUCUAUACAAAUGUAGUACUGAUAAGAUAGGUUCAGUUGUUUUAUUAGGUUGAGAAAAAAUUAAAGGGUGCAAAACUGUGCGAUAUAAAUGAAUAUGGGUAAAUGUUUAUAUUUUGAAAUUUUCAUAU